AGCGCUGUCCAGAGGCUCAACAGCGCUGUCCCAACAACGAUGUAGCCUUUGGAACAUCGCUGUUCUGGAUAAAUUUUUCAAAAAAUAUCCGUUGGCACCAGCAUUAAUUGAUCCAACAACCAUUUUUUUUGAAAAUCUGGACGUUAGAGUCCUCCUUCUCUAUAAAUUGGGACCUCCUCUCUUCACUUUUACACAGACAAACACAAUUCUCUUCAACAUCCUUGCUUAUUUCAUCAUUUAUACUCUUUUCUCUUGAGAUUUCUUCAUCAUGGGCAAUGAUAAGAACAGGGCAGGAGCUUCCGGCAAAUCCAAGGACAAAUCCCGGGCGCCUACGACAUCCACCGAGGAACGCCUCUACUAUGGUGACGGGUCAUACCUUUGGUUUGAUUCCGAGGAGGAACGCACCCGUUUCCUCACCUUCUUCUCUAAACGGGUUGUGGCUCCUCCACGGAUCAUCCUGGAGCGCUACCCGGAGCUGCAGGGUUACGACGACCUCGACGCGCAGCUUCAUCAAGCCGGCCUUUGGCCUUUCGUCUCCCGGGCUCGGAAGGAGAUCAACCCGGCGCUGAUUCGGGUCUUCUUCUCCAACCUCCGGCGUGAGGGCGACGUGCUCUAUUCUCUUGUCAAGAGCACGCCGAUAGAACUUUCAAUUGAGCAGCUUGGGCGCAUCGCCGGCCUCCCCUACCAAGGCGACGACGUCUCCCUCUAUGGCGGAGAGGACUGGGUGCUCAACAACGAGGGCCUUAUCCUCAACGAGCUUGGGAUCACCGAGCUCAUCCGCCAUGCCUCGGGCCGCCCGACCAUCCACUCCGCUAACCCCGAAGGCCGUCUUCUUCUCUACAUCGUCUCCCGGAUCAUCAAACCCAGGAAGCACGACCACACCAUCAUGUCUGGUGAAGAUCUCAAGCUCAUCCAUGCGAUCAUGCACUCGGCCCCAAUCAAUUGGGCAAAGUUUGUCAUGAUCAACAUGACGAUUGCCGCGUCCACCGACCACGAUCACCUCCUCCCGUACCCGUUCGUGGUGAUGGACAUCCUUGAAUGGUUCAAGAAGCGGUCGGACAAUGCCGGACCUGCCACUGCCGUGCCACGGCGCUGUUCUGCUGCUGGCCCAGCCGAAGCCCAGGCCCGAGCCAACCUUGCCUCCAUCGCCGACUCCCUCAACCGGCUUCACUUCAAAGUUGACGGGAUGGAUGGCUACCUUGAGCAGCUCGACGAGGCUGUUCAAUGCCAAGGGCACGCCAUGAACGCAUACUUCCAACGCGUUAACUACGUCCCCCCACUGUACCAUGGCACGUUUUGUGGGCAAGUGUACGGUGACGAGGACGAAGAGGAUGGCUCCUACGCCCCGUCAAGCUCCCCGGACGAGGACGAGGACGAGUUUGACGACGCCGUUGACGGUGAUGAGAUGGACGUCGACGACGAUGAGGAGGAAACCGAAGACGAAGACUAGGCCGCCCCUAGAAUUUCGAUCUCUUUUAUUUUAAUUAUCAUGUCUCUUAAUGCUUCCGUUGUACUCCGCUAUUUCCCAUCUUCAAUAAAUAAAAGUUAUCUUUUAUCUUUUUGUUAAUGUCAAAAGGGGGAAGAAAAUGGCUAUGCAUAU